AUGGCUGCAAUUCCAACACUUCUGAAUCCUCUCGAUGAGAGCACCGAUGUGGAAAGUCGAGAUGAGACUUCAUCAGUCGACGAAUAUGUCCCCUCAGGAUCUGCUGAAGUCCAAAAUGAUCGUGGAAGUCGUACUUUGCGGAAAAAGCAAAAGCUCACAAAAGACGCAGCUGUCUUCAAGUCAGGCUCAAUCCGUGGUGAAUGCCGAUAUCCUCCCCAUGAGGAACAAGAUGACCUUCUCGCUGCCCAGCACAAGAUUUUUGGAGUUCAUCCAGUCGGACAAAUCCUCAAGUACCCCAGACACAUCCCUUAUAACAGUGAGAAGAAGUUGUUCCUGGACAAAACCGGUCGAGGCUCUUUUGAAGUUUUUCAAUACGAGUUCAAGGUCCCAGGUCAGGAUCGAGUUCAGACAAUGAUAUGGGAUUACAACAUCGGCCUGGUGCGCACCACCCCAUUGUUCAAAUGCCGCAACUACUCGAAGACUACUCCAGCCAAGAUGCUCAACCGCAACGAAGGUCUGAAGGCAAUUUGUCAUAGUAUAACUGGUGGUGCACUGGUUGCCCAAGGUUACUGGAUCCCGUACGAAGCUGCUCGUGCCGUGGCGGCAACCUUUUGUUAUGACAUCCGAUAUGCUCUCACGCCCGUGUUUGGUAACGACUUUCCAGCUGCCUGCCUCAAGCCUGAUGAUGAAUCCUUUGGGUCCAUGUAUAUCAAUCCUGAUAUCACUAAGCGAUGUGCGGCACAAGCGGAAAUGUACCGACAGUUGGAGCUGCAGGGGAAUAAUGACGAGGUUGCGACUUUACCCUGUGCCUCACCAACCUCCUCACCAACCUCAUAUCCAAACACGCCAAAGCAUACCCGUACUCAACAAGGUGGACACAAAAAGCUCUUACCUAAGCCUUUGAGAAUUACAGAUUCGCCGACCUCAAUUCCUGCUUCGGGCUAUGCCUCAGACCCAGACCACUAUCUCCUAUCGUCUCCAGGAGAGGUUGCUUCGCCACAUCUUGCAUUUUCGACUCGUGGCCCGACUGCUCAGUCAACUCCGACCUCUCCACAUCUAUUGCCACACCAUAGCAAACCGGCUCCAUGGUCCACGGUCAAUUCAACCCAGACCUGGCCACGUCCACCGUCACCCCCAUCACUUGUGAAGUUCACCAACCCCUUCUCCUCAAGCGAACGCAGCUCUAAAUCGCCGUCGGACACGGACAACGAGCUUCCAAGCAAAUCCGACGCCACCAAAGGCAAAGCCAGAGCCAAAACCGCCCGCAGACGUCUCCAGGGUGGCGAAAUUCCUCGAUCCCACACACCGUUGGACUUGACACCACCACCACGCAAGCCGCUCUAUCAAUAUGAGUUAACGAAGAGUGAAUACAUCAACGACCAUGUUGAGCUUGCAUUGAAUGCCAUCAAUGCCAUCAACGCUAUUCCUACCAGUUCAACCUUGAGUAAUGUGCGUAGCACGACAGAGCCUGACAAUCGCAGUGUCUCUCCUAGCCACAAAGCCAAUGACAUCCCAAUGCUCGACCUCCCAUUCCAUUCACCCAAGGAAACCCCAGAACCCUCGCCAACUCCCGCAUCCUCCAUUCCAAGCCGCCGCCGCCGAGACCUAGACGAGGACUAUGAUGCCGAAUCCGAUGAUAGCGAGGCACCUAGUCACAACCACUUGCAAUCUCCAGGGACGGCUCAUAUCCAAACGAAUAGAGAGAUUGAAAAUGAGAAACAAAUCUGGUCCUCGAAAUUGACACGCAGCGGAGAUAGGAAGAGAUCAGUGACGAUUGAUCAGGUCGCAGCCGCGGCUAUCUUGGUUGGCAUGAGUCGACGAGGUGAUAACCGAGCUGGACCAGGCGGUGACUUCAACCCCAAUCCAGGUCGUUGGGACGGCGGCGGAGAUUGUGCAGAGGAUGGUGUUGCUCCCGUCACAACUUAUAGACCAGGCAACGCAAAGAGACUGAGACGUGCUGCUAGCGCUUGA